AUGAGGAACAAUCAAAUACAAAAAAUUGCCAAUCAAAUUUUGAAAUUCUCUUUUUAAAAUUAAGUUUAAAAAGUUAAAUCCUCUAUUAAAUUCGGAAUUCAAAUUUUAAAAAAUGCAUUUAAAGAUAUUUAUUUUUCUAAUUGA